UCAGCCCCACAUCGAACAAUCGGAUCCCGGAGACAAUCUGAAGACGAGGCGUUUCCAGUCGCUGUCUGGUCUGCUCUGCCUGCCUUUCCUGGCCGUCUUCUCUUGCCGUUCCCCUUGUUUGGAAUAAGGACGAAAACGCUAAACGGAUAGUUUCCCAGCUCAAUAUAUCAUGGAAACAGACGAAAAAUCCUGAAACGAAGAUCAAAAGAUAACGAACGCGAGGGAUAUAACGACGAAUGGACAUUUUAAUAGUCGGGAAUCACGAAACGGAUGUGUCCCUGUCCAGAAACUGUGCGUUACCAUCGAGGAGACUCGCGGUCCCGGGAUGUCCCAUAUAACUGCGCUAAACUCCGAUUAGGCAAAUGUAUGCGGCGCGUGCUUUGGAACAAAGGGAAAACAAAGUUUGAUGUGAUUUGUUAAUUUGGUUUGUUACAACAGACACAGACUCUCAGUAGUCAGAUUUCACAGUCAUCAGCCGGUUACAUUUGUUGCUUCUUGCUGAAGGGGAAAAACAGUGAAGACCUUUAAGUUUUAUACUAUAUUAUGCCAUUCUAAAAUGAUGCUUUUGAAGCUGUAUUGAAAAAAAUGUGUGAUGCUGGACUCUCCAAAGCACAAAUAUCAUUGCCUGACUGCAGCCUGAAGCCUAGCUCUACAAGUAACAGAGAAUAAAUCCGAAUAUAUUGUCUUUGAAGAGGAGGAGAAAAGAAAAACAUGGCAGUUGAAGGCCGAAUAACAAUUCUUGACGUUGGACUGAUUGCAAUGGUGGUUCUUCUGGGUCCUGUGGCUGCUGCACAGAGCGAGCAGAGGGAGUGUGCGUAUGCAGAACAGCUGCAGUCUCUGGACAAGCUGAUUGGUGGACAUGUUGAGGGGCGUGUCUUUCAUGAGAACUCCACCAUUCGCUGUAGUCACGGAAGUCACUGCUUUGGAUUCUGGGUGAAAAAAAAUAAUAAUGAAAUCCAACUAGUGAAGCAAGGUUGCUGGACAAAUGUUGCUGACCAUCAGGAGUGCUAUGACCGCUGUGUGGUGACCAACCCACCGUCAGUGGCCCUGAAUGGAACUUCUCGAUUCUGCUGCUGCAACAAAGACAUGUGCAACCUAAACUUCACAGAGGACUUCCCACCUCCUUCCCCGACCACCACACAGCCUCUCCGUGAGUAUUCACGCCCACUGCACAGAGAUGAAGCCAUCAUUUUCGCUUUAGCAACUGUGUCCAUGGUUGCCGUCCUCGUCAUUCUGAUUUUUUUUGUCUACCGCAUGCUAAGAGGACGUGGUAAACACUCUUUGCAUACCUUGGAUAUUCUGGAGACAUCGCUUUCCCCUCCUUCUCUGGAUUUGGACAACCUCACACUACUGGAGCUGAUUGGCCGGGGCCGGUACGGAACAGUGUAUCGCGGUUCGCUGGAGGACCGAUCUGUGGCUGUGAAAGUAUUCAUUUCCGCUAACCGUCAGCAGUUUACUAAUGAGCGUAUGAUUUAUCGUCUCCUCCUGGAUCACGAGAACGUAGCACGCUUCUUAGAGAGCGAGGAACGUGUCGGCACAGAAGGCCGGACGGAGUUUCUUCUCUUGCUGGAGUUUUACCCUCAUGGCUCUCUGUGCACGUAUCUGAGCGGGCGGACUGUGGACUGGCUGAGCUGCUGUCGUUUGGCUCUGUCUGUCACCAGAGGGUUGGCGUACCUGCACACAGAGAUACAGAGAGGGGACUUGUAUAAACCGGCCGUGUCCCACCGAGAUCUGAACAGUAGGAAUGUACUGGUGAAGACAGAUGGCUCAUGUGUGAUCAGUGAUUUUGGACUUUCCAUGGUUCUGACUGGAAAGAGACCGCCUGGGCACGGAGAAGAGGAUAACAGUGCCAUCAGUGAGGUGGGUACAGUGCGAUACAUGGCCCCAGAAGUGCUAGAAGGGGCAGUGAAUCUGAGAGAUUGUGAGUCGGCACUGAAACAAGUGGAUGUUUAUGCGCUGGGUCUGCUUUACUGGGAGACCUUUAUGCGUUGUGCUGACCUCUUCCCAGGUGAGACAGUGCCAGCAUUUCAGAUGGCUUUUCAGGCAGAGUUGGGCAAUCACCCUACCAUAGAGGACAUGCAGGUACUUGUGUCGAGAGAAAAAGAAAGACCCAAAUUCCCAGAGGCCUGGAAAGAGAAUAGCCUGAAGGUGCACUCUCUGAAAGAAACAAUGGAAGACUGCUGGGAUCAGGAUGCCGAAGCUCGACUGACAGCUCAGUGUGCAGAGGAGAGACUCACUGAACUUCUCCUCAUCUGGGAUCGAGAAAAAUCAGUCAGUCCUUCUCUCAACCCCAGCACUGCACUGUAUAACCACAGGAAUAUCUCUACUGGAAGGCAGACACCUAAGGUGGGUUCUUUCCUUGAACACUCUUCCACAAACACUGAAAACCAUGAGGGUGUUGAUAAACCCCUCCACAAUGACACCUCGGUGGACCCACCCUCAGUGGGAGGGUCUAACCCUGCAGAGAAGAACAGGAACUGCAUCAACUACGAGUGGCAGCAGGCCCAAUCACGGCAGUCUGGCACAGAAAGCUCCACCCCCACUCCUGUCUCAGAGUCCUGCAAUAAUACUCAGCCUCCACCAGGAGGCAACAGUAGCCCCUUCUGUGCUCAGCUGACUCGGGAAGACCUGGAGACACUAAAACUGGACCCAAACGAAGUCCAAAGGAACUUGCGGGAGAGCUCAGAUGAGAGCCUAAUGGAAUAUUCACAGAAACAGUUCUGCUCUCCGGAAACAACAACCUCGUUCUACACCCUCACGAAGAAGGCGUCUGAGGUUUCGGGGUCACAGGGUUCCAGUCGGGCUGCUGACACCCCUGUAACCAUCUUACCAAAGCAGCAGAAUGUCCCUAAGAGGCCGAGUAGCCUAAAUUUCCAUGCCAAGCCUUCUGGAAAAACACCCACCUCAUCAUCUUCAUCACUACGGAUGAAGUUUGGAAAACUCGGAAAGUCAAAUCUGAAAAAGGUUGAGACGGGUGUGGCUAAAGCCAGUGUGGUGAGCACAGCACAUGAAGCCAGGCCAGUUACAGUUGCCAACAACGAUGCUGUGGCAGUUGUGAAUAAAUAUGCGACUGGAGCAGCACCUGAGCCAGCAGCAAGCCCCGCCAACGCUGCCGAUGUUCGUUGGAAAGGCACCAUGAGUUCAGAGGACUUGACCUUCGGCCUCUUGAACACUAGCCCUGAUGAGCAGGAGCCUCUUCUGAGAAGAGAGGCGCAUCCUGACAAUGCAAACAACAAUAACAGCAAUAACAACAAUGGCGAAGGAGAGGGCGAUGGAGACACUGAGGGUGGAGGAGAAGGAGGAGAGAACAGCGAGAGUGUUGGUCCAACAGGGGACGCUCCAUUGUCUUCUACGGUGGAGCCUGUUGCACUGCCUGACCCUUGUCCUGCCCCAACCGUGGUUCCUCCGCAGGCCCAAACCCAAGCUCAGACACAAGGAGAGGCACUGCUCAGACAGAACCGCGUGCGCAGACCCGAGAGACCCAACUCACUGGAUCUGUCCAUCACCACACUGCCAUUACUAGGAGGCAAGUCUGCCGGCGACAUGACAGAGGGAUCAGGAGAUAAAAUCAAGAAGCGCGUGAAGACGCCUUACGCUCUGAAGAAGUGGCGUCCUGCCAGCUGGGUUAUCACCACGGAUACACUGGAUGCUGAAGUCAACAACAACAAACAUCAUGGAGGGAACCAGAAUCAGGCUGGUACCAGCAGACCUAAAUCAGCCUCGGCCGUGUAUUUAGGUAGUCGAGGAGGAUCUCGCUUCUCAGAUCCUAAUGACUGUGACUUUUGAACCUCACUUUGAUCUUGAAAAACAGGCUAAAAAUAUAUAAACAUUCAACUCUACAGCUCUAAAUGUUUGAAGGCUGUGGAGACUGAUGUGAACUGUGGAAUGGACCAUAUACAUGUCUUAAAUUUAACCCCAAUUGUAAGCACAGUAAGAGUCUUUACAUUGAAAAGAGCUAUGCAGCCAUCUUUUAAUUUAAUGUUUGUAUGUUUUUGUGUUGAUUAAGUCACUUUUUUUUGCUAGAAGCUAUAAAUCAUAAUUAUUUUGACCAUUUAAAAUGGUCCCUAAUAUUAAACCAGUGUACAACUUCAUCAUCACACUCCCAAGGUCAUGGAAAUUUUAAAAUUCUGAUUACUAGACCUGGAAAAAAGGAAACAAAAUCUUAAAGUAAUAGAUAUUUCUAAAGUCAAUAUUAAAGGGUUAGUUCACCCAAAAAUUAAAUUUCUGUCAUUAAGUACUGGCCGAUACUGAGCCCGCAUUCAGACAUAAACACUGAAGCUCUGCAAUGAAAAUAGUGUAGCAGAGGACAGACGAAUUUGUUGAAUAAAGUCAUUAUUUUUGUUUUGUUUUUGCGCACAAAAAGUAUUCUCGUCGCUUCAUAAUAUUAAGGUUGAACCACUGCAGUCACGUCGAUGGUUUUAAUUUAGUACCUU